ACUCUGGAGGCCCCGCCCCUGCUUUCUGAGCUGGGCUUCCCGCACAUGCUCAGUACAGACUGCAUGCAACAGAUGUUUCUGGUGCAGGUGAAUCCAGGGGAGGCUUUCACUAUUCCCACAGAGGGAGGUCACAUCCAAUACAUUACAGGUCCUGCUCCUGUGCCUAUGCUCUCCCACAAUGGCUCCGUGGCUCCCAUCUACCUGCCUCCAGGUUACAUGCCUUCGGUCAUGGAGGAGAAUGGCAUGCGCAAGAUGAUGCUGCUGCCCCCCACGCUGGAGUUCCACCCUUCCCUGCCUCCUCCUCCCCCACAUCUGUCCCACUACCCCCCACACCACCCUGCGCUGUUACCCCACCCGCACAUCUUCCCUCCCGAGAUGCCCCCCCACUAUCUUCACCACAUGCACUCGCUGCCAAUCUACCCGGAAAAGGAGCUCAUGUGUCCCACCAUGGUCAUGCCCUCACUGAAGGCUCAGGACCAGCUGCACAGGCGUCUGAAGGAGCGCUCCGGUCCUGUCGCUAACGCUAACGUUAACCCUAACACUAACGGGGUGCACCUCAGCACCCCUCCGCCCCUCCCCAAAGGGCCACCCCUCGCCCUGUACAAUGGCCACAGCAAGCCCCUCACGCCCUCCCCACGGCCCUCCCGGCACAACAAACUCUCUGGCCGGACCAGAGCCACACCCCCAUCAGAUACUGAAAGCACAGAUAUCGAGGCAGAAACACACAAAGCCAAGGAGAUGAUGUCCAUUAUUUGCAAACCCACAGUCAGUGGUUUGACGUGUCAUUCAGCUGUCCUCUCCUGGUUUGCCCCCAUCAUCCUGCCAGCCAGAGACCUCACUGGUGCAGACAAACACACCCGCACACACACGCCUCCUCUGCUCUGCUACGAGCUGGUCUUGUCACAGAGUGGCACAGAUGGAGACUACAAGCUGGUCUAUCAAGGGAGAGACACUACAUUCACGUUAGGAGACCUCAAGCCAGCUACUCACUACUAUGCCAGGGUGUGUGUGGCUUGUCGCUCCAUCAAGGGCUCUGCGUCAGAGGCGGUGACGUUCACCACUCUCUGCACCCCCCCAGAUACCCCCCCACCCCCCCGCAUCCUCCUCCGGACUAAGAGUUCUGUGGGGCUGCAGUGGAAGGCCCCCUAUGACAACGGCGCCAGAAUCACUGCUUACCUGCUGGAAUGCUGCGAGGGUAAGCAGAACUCCUUUAAGGAGGUGUACUGUGGCCCUCCAAGCAGUACACCGUGGUCCGACUCACCCCUGCUACCAUGGGCUGUGCCCCUCCUGCCCCCUCUCCCCCUUUGCUGUGGGCGUGAGCUGGAUCAGCUUGCACUGAGCGCCCCCUGUGGCUGGUCGGCAGAGACUCUUGAGUUGGAGGAGCCAGAGGGGUUUCGACCAAAAUAUACUGGCGAGGAGAUGUGCUACACUGUGAAGAGCCUGGAGAGGAGCCAUCCUACAGGGUGUCAGAGUGUCUGUCAGUGCAGACUGCACCAGUGCAUCCUGGUCCAUGCCGAGCGCUCCGUGUGUCUGGAGCCAUCACUCCCUCAGAGAUCACACUCAGCUGGGGGCCCUGAGCGGAACUGCAUCGUCACAUCCCUGCUACCCGCCACACACUACUGUUUCUGGGCUAGAGCUGCCAACCAGGCAGGGUGGGGGCCCUGGUCGGAGAUGUUCCAGGUCUCCACAGCCGCAACACCCCCACAGCCGUGUGGCCCCCCAGUGCUGACCGUCAGUGCUGACCCCACAUGUGUCUCUGUCAGCUGGGAGGUGCCGCCAUGUAAUGGGGCGAAGGUCUGUGAGUUUCGGCUGGAAUGGGGGUUGCAGGGCGGUCCCCUUCAGGUGGCAUACCAUGGCCCCUCGACCUCCUGGGAGAUGACGGAACUGAUCCCUGCCACUGAGUACUGCUGCAGGGUACAGGCUGUCAGUGAGGCUGGGGCAGGGCCCUUUGGGGACAUCGCUAUGGUAACAACUCCCCCUUCAGUCCCGGCAGCGGUGGAGUGUGUAGAGGAAGUUUCAGCAGAGUCUGUGAUUGACAUCACGACCGGCGCCUCCGCCUCACGGCUUGCUGUGACGUGGAAGGAGCCUUGUUGCCACGGCGCCGAGAUCACGGGAUACAACAUCGACCUGGGAGAACAGCUCCCCCUCUCUGUGGGGAGGACCAGUCACCAUGUGCUGGAGAACCUGCAGCCUAAUAGCACACUCAGGCUGAGAGUUCGGGCCCUGAACAGCAUCGGAGCCGGACCCUACAGCAACCCUCUGAGGCUCCGCACACCCCCUCUGCCCCCUGCCCCUCCCUCGCUGGAGUGCACCGUAUGCAGCCCCCACACUUUGAAGCUGCGUUGGGGAGAGGGGCCCACACGCACCCCAACGCCCAAGGGGACACACUACUGCCUGCACAUGCAGACCGGAGGGGACAGGUUGGUAUGUGUGUACAGCGGUUCGAGCCACUCGUUUAAGCUGCAGCGUCUUAGUGAGGCCACAGAGUACAACUUCAGCAUCCAGGCAGUGAGCUCGGCCGGACGGGGACCUCUGUCCCCCCGCUACAGCUUCAGCACCACCCGUUCACUUCCGCCUCAGCUGAAAGCUCCUAAGAUUGAGCUAGUCCAAUGGAACAUGUACUCCGUCACCUGGGAGACCCUACAGCCAAUGAAAGGAGACCCUAUAUCGUACACACUACAGCUGAUGCGAGGGAAGGAGGUGGAGCAGCUCUACCGUGGCGCUGCCACCUCUUACACCUGGCAGGGAGUGCCUGCGGGCGCUGACUGGCGCAUGCGGGUGUGUGGCGGGCGGCGCAGGCCAGAGGGCGGUGAGCUGUGGGGGCCGUACAGCCCAGGCACAGCCCUGCCCCCUCCCACGAUGCCCACCGGAUGCAAAGCAGUGGCCACUGCCAGUAACAGCACCAGUAGCAGUGGGGGGCAGUGCCACAGGAGAUGGCACCUCUCAGACGAGCACUUUGCCCUGCUGGUCCUGGUAGCGUUUGGCGUCGUGGCAAUCCUGUUUGCCGUGCUCAUUCAGUAUCUGUUCUUGAGUAAGGACUGAGAAA